AGUAGGUACAUCAGUAUGCGCUCCGCUUUAUUAGGUACUCACUGGCCGAUACUGAUGGGUCGACUUGAGUUCAGUGCAUUCACAAUGCUCGCGCCGCUAUGACACCAGUCCCGCGCGACUGAACUUGGUGUUUACUCUACUGGUUAUAAAGUUUACACUUGUUGAACAACUUUCUUAUGGAUCACUGUCGUCAAAGAUUAUAAGUAAUACUACUACUAAUGAGUCGCCUAGUCACUAGAAGAAAUAUUUAAUUAAAAUGACAGACGACACAGAUAACGAACCAAAAGAUAAAGAUUGUCAUAGUAACGGACAGGACUUGAAUACAGUAAAUUCACUAAAAUCAGAAGAAGGACAUGAUAUUGUAGCGCACUACACUAAAGAGAAUGUUUCUCCUCCAGUUGAAAGAGUAAAAUUUGAAGGUCUUGAUGAUAAAGAUAGCAUAUGCUCAGAUGAAUCAAAUAAUGAGAAACUUCCUCCGAUACCUGACGGGGGUUGGGGUUGGGUGGUUGUCGUUUCAGCCUUCCUCGUUUCUGCUUGUGCCGACGGAUUAGCUUUUUCAUUUGGACUACUACACGAAGAAUUCACAAACUAUUUCGAAACUACUCAAUCAAAAACAUCUUUGAUUGGAAGCCUUUUCAUUGCCACUCCACUAUUAGCCGGACCAAUAAUGAGCGCAUUGGUUGACAGAUAUGGGUGUAGAGUUAUGACAAUGAUUGCUGGAAUUCUGUCGACAAUCGGAUUCCUCUUAGCUGCUGUCAGUAACUCCGUAUCGACGUUGUGUUUAACUUUUGGGUUUAUGAGUGGUCUCGCAAUGGGCAUACUUUAUGUAACAGCCGUAGUUUCAGUAGCCUUCUGGUUUGAUAAAAGAAGAAAUUUAGCUGUUUCAUUAGCUUCAUGCGGAAUAGGUUUUGGAACUUUAAUUUAUUCUCCUAUGACGAAAUAUUUUCUAGAGACAUACGAUUGGAGAAAUACUGUUGUUUUACUAGCUGGUACAUUGUUAAAUAUGUGUGUAUGUGGAGCUUUAAUGAGGAGUCCAGAAUGGCUAAAGAUCAAAAUGAAGAGGGAACGUAAAUUGUCUAAAGCUAGAUCGAGAAAAUCAUCAAGUGGCGGUUCAGUUUCAUCAAGAUCGGUUGGAGGCGAGUCUCUUUACCUUGAUUCUGAGGAACUCAAGACUUUAUUAAAAAGUGGAAAGAGUCCAGAAUAUAUUUUAGCUACAUUAGCUGAAUCUAUUGCUGAGGCUGAGAAGUUAGAAACUACCACACAAUUGAAUGCAGAACCUACUUAUAAAAGAAUGCAUUCAGCUAUACAUUUGCCUACUUUUGUCCAACAACGAGAAAAAGUGCCAGCAGAGGUUAUAGAAAAAUUGAUGAGUAAUACACAGCUUUACAAUAUCAUAUUAGAAAAUUAUCCAGAUUUACUUACACGACGAAAGUCGGAGACCAAUAUAAACGUUGAAAAGCUUACAGGAGACACUGCAAACGAACCUCCUAAACUCCCCAUGCAAAUUAAAAUAAAGAAGCAUAAAGAUGAAUCUGAGCAAAAUAAAAAUAAACAUGAUAUUUUACAUGCUGCAAAGUCGAGAGAUGGUGAUAAUACAAUUGCGGAGAAUAAUAAAGAUACCUUAGGUAAUGCAGAAAAAACUAAAGAUAAAACACAUCAUCACUACACUUCCCACAAAGAUGUGAAAUCUCCUCCCCCUGUAACCAGUAAUUGGAUAACUAGGCAGAUUUCUACCGAUCAUCACUAUCUUAAAGAUAUGCCUUUAUAUAGAAACACCAUCAUGUAUCGUGGAGCCAUGAUGAAUAUCCCAAGAUAUAAAUUGAGAGCAUCUUCUUUGCCGGAUAUUUACAGGAAUUCAAUGUGGUCCAUAGCUUCUGAAUCUGAUGAUGAAAUACAUUGGUAUCAUCACUAUUGGAAUACCAUCAAGAACACCUUUGACUUCAAUAUGUUCACCGAAUUCCACUUCCUCAUGUUCAACUUGUCUUCCCUUAUUCUAUCAGUGUGGUUUAUCGUGCCUUAUUUCUUUCUCAUAUCUUACAUGACAGAGAAAAGUAUUGACGGUGGUGCAACUAUGAUCAGUAUUAUUGGAGUCGCCAGUGCUAUCGGAAUAGUGGCCUUAGGCUGGGCCGGGGACCUACCCUGGGUGCACGUGACAAAGACUUAUGCCAUCUGCCUAACCAUCUGUGGUUUAUCCGUCGCCGCAUAUCCCAUCUUCAUCACCAACUACUGGGCCUUGACUGUAAUCUCAGCCAUAUUUGGACUGUCUUUCGCCAGCUCCUACUCAUACACUCCGGCUAUUCUGAUGGAACUGAUGCCAAUAGAUCAUUUCACUAUCGCGUAUGGACUGAUAUUGCUGAGUCAAGGGAUUGGACAUUUGGUUGGACCACCUAUUGGAGGUAUGCUGUACGACUUGACCGGAUCCUGGGAGCUGACAUUCUACAUGGGGGGCCUAUGGUUGGUGAUCUCUGGUGUGUGUGUGGCGGUGAUCGCCUACACGCCGGAUGUGCGCAUGUGCGGGCGAGCACAGCUGCUGAAAGAGGCCGAGGCGGAAAAGACUGAGACCGAGGCUGUCAGUGUGUAGGCAAGCCUUGUAUGUGUGUCUGGCGGUGAUUGCGUACACGCUGGAUGUGCGCAUGCGUGAAUGCGACUUCAGAUGCUGAAAGAGGCCGAGGCGCAAAAGACUUAUACCAAUGCUAAGAAUAUGCAAACUUUAGUAAACGAUACUACUUAUGUGUAUA